AUGCCAUCAUCCUUGCUGUUGGAGGUACCUGCUCUGGCAGAUUUCAACAGAGCUUGGACCGAACUUACCGACUGGCUGUCUCUGCUUGAUCGAGUUAUAAAGUCACAGAGGGUGAUGGUGGGUGAUCUUGAAGACAUCAACGAGAUGAUCAUCAAGCAGAAGGCAACACUGCAGGAUUUGGAACAGAGACGCCCCCAGUUGGAAGAACUCAUUACUGCUGCCCAGAAUUUGAAAAACAAGACCAGCAAUCAAGAGGCUAGAACCAUCAUUACUGAUCGAAUUGAAAGAAUUCAGAAUCAGUGGGAUGAAGUCCAGGAACACCUUCAGAGCCGGAGGCAACAGUUGAAUGAAAUGUUAAAGGAUUCCACACAAUGGCUGGAAGCUAAAGAAGAAGCCGAGCGGGUGCUGGGGCAGGCCAGAGCCAAGCUGGAGUCGUGGAAGGAGACGCCCUACACGAUGGAUGCGAUCCAAAAGAAAAUCACAGAAACCAAGCAGUUGGCCAAAGACCUCCGCCAGUGGCAGAUAAAUGUAGAUGUGGCAAAUGAUUUGGCACUGAAACUUCUCCGGGAUUAUUCUUCAGAUGAUACGAGAAAAGUACACAUGAUAACAGAGAACAUCAAUGCCUCUUGGGCAAGCAUUCAUAAAAGACUGAGUGAGCGAGAGGCCGCUCUGGAAGAAACCCAUAGAUUGCUACAACAGUUCCCCCUCGACCUGGAGAAGUUCCUUGCCUGGCUUACAGAAGCCGAAACAACUGCCAACGUCCUGCAGGAUGCCACUCAUAAGGAACGGCUCCUGGAAGAUUCCAAGGGAGUAAGAGAACUGAUGAAGCAAUGGCAAGACCUCCAAGGAGAAAUCGAAGCUCACACAGAUAUCUAUCACAACCUGGAUGAAAAUGGCCAAAAAGUCCUGAGAUCCCUGGAAGGUUCUGAUGACGCAGCCCAUUUGCAGAGACGCUUGGAUAACAUGAACUUCAAGUGGAGUGAGCUUCGGAAGAAGUCUCUCAACAUUAGGUCUCAUUUGGAAGCCAGUUCUGACCAGUGGAAGCGUCUGCACCUUUCUCUUCAGGAACUUCUGGUGUGGCUACAGCUGAAAGAUGAUGAGUUAAGCCGGCAGGCACCGAUUGGAGGCGAUUUUCCCGCAGUUCAGAAGCAGAAUGAUGUACACAGGGCCUUCAAGAGGGAAUUGAAAACGAAAGAACCUGUAAUCAUGAGUACUCUUGAGACUGUACGACUAUUUCUGACAGAGCAGCCUUUAGAAGGACUAGAGAAACUCUACCAGGAGCCCAGAGAGCUGCCUCCUGAGGAGAGAGCCCAGAAUGUCACACGGCUCCUGCGAAAGCAGGCUGAGGAGGUCAACGCCGAGUGGGAAAAAUUGAACCUGCACUCUGCAGACUGGCAGAGAAAAAUAGACGAGGCCCUCGAAAGACUCCAGGAACUUCAGGAGGCAACGGAUGAGCUUGACCUCAAGCUACGUCAAGCUGAGGUGAUCAAGGGCUCCUGGCAGCCUGUGGGUGACCUCCUCAUUGACUCUCUCCAAGAUCACCUCGAAAAAGUCAAGGUGCUUCGAGGAGAAAUUACACCUCUGAAAGAGAAUGUCAGCUAUGUCAAUGACCUUGCUCGCCAACUCACUACGUUGGGCAUUCAGCUGUCACCAUAUAACCUCAGCACUCUGGAAGACCUGAACACCAGAUGGAAGCUUCUGCAGGUGGCUGUUGAGGACCGCAUCAGGCAGCUGCACGAAGCCCACCGGGAUUUUGGCCCCGCGUCCCAGCACUUCCUUUCCACUUCUGUCCAGGGUCCCUGGGAGAGAGCCAUCUCACCAAACAAAGUGCCCUACUAUAUCAACCACGAGACCCAAACGACUUGCUGGGACCAUCCCAAAAUGACAGAGCUCUACCAGUCGUUAGCUGACCUGAAUAAUGUCAGGUUCUCAGCUUAUAGGACGGCCAUGAAACUCCGAAGACUACAGAAGGCCCUUUGCUUGGAUCUCUUGAGCCUGUCAGCUGCCUGCGAUGCCUUGGACCAGCACAACCUCAAGCAAAAUGACCAGCCCAUGGAUAUCCUGCAGGUCAUCAACUGUCUGACCACUGUCUAUGACCGCCUGGAGCAAGAGCACAACAAUCUGGUCAACGUCCCUCUCUGCGUGGAUAUGUGUCUCAACUGGCUGCUCAACGUCUACGACACGGGACGAACUGGGAGGAUCCGGGUCCUGUCUUUCAAAACUGGCAUCAUCUCUCUGUGUAAAGCGCAUUUGGAAGACAAGUACAGAUACCUUUUCAAGCAAGUGGCAAGUUCCACCGGAUUUUGUGACCAGCGCAGGCUGGGCCUCCUCCUGCACGACUCUAUCCAGAUCCCGAGGCAGUUGGGUGAAGUCGCGUCCUUCGGGGGCAGCAACAUUGAGCCGAGUGUCCGGAGCUGCUUUCAGUUUGCUAAUAAUAAGCCUGAGAUCGAAGCGGCCCUCUUCCUAGACUGGAUGAGACUGGAGCCCCAGUCCAUGGUGUGGCUGCCUGUCCUGCACCGAGUGGCUGCUGCGGAAACUGCCAAGCACCAGGCCAAGUGCAACAUCUGCAAGGAGUGUCCGAUCAUCGGAUUCAGGUACAGGAGUCUAAAGCACUUUAAUUAUGACAUCUGCCAAAGUUGCUUUUUUUCUGGUCGAGUUGCAAAAGGCCACAAAAUGCACUAUCCCAUGGUUGAAUACUGCACUCCGACUACAUCGGGAGAAGAUGUUCGUGACUUUGCCAAGGUACUAAAAAACAAAUUUCGAACCAAAAGGUAUUUUGCGAAGCAUCCCCGAAUGGGCUACCUGCCUGUGCAGACUGUCUUAGAGGGGGACAACAUGGAAACUCCUGUUACUCUGAUCAACUUCUGGCCGGUAGAUCCUGCGCCUGCUUCGUCCCCUCAGCUUUCACACGAUGAUACUCAUUCACGCAUUGAACAUUAUGCUAGCAGGCUAGCAGAAAUGGAAAACAGCAAUGGAUCUUAUCUAAAUGAUAGCAUCUCUCCUAAUGAGAGCAUAGAUGAUGAACAUUUGUUAAUCCAGCAUUACUGCCAAAGUUUGAACCAGGACUCCCCCCUGAGCCAGCCUCGUAGUCCUGCCCAGAUCUUGAUUUCCUUAGAGAGUGAGGAAAGAGGGGAGCUAGAGAGAAUCCUAGCAGAUCUUGAGGAAGAAAACAGAAACCUGCAAGCAGAGUAUGACCGUCUCAAGCAGCAGCAUGAGCAUAAAGGCCUGUCCCCACUGCCGUCCCCUCCUGAAAUGAUGCCCACCUCUCCACAAAGUCCCCGGGACGCCGAGCUCAUUGCCGAGGCCAAGCUACUGCGUCAGCACAAAGGCCGCCUGGAGGCCCGGAUGCAGAUCCUGGAAGACCACAACAAGCAGCUGGAGUCGCAGUUGCACCGGCUCAGGCAGCUGCUGGAGCAGCCCCAGGCCGAGGCCAAGGUGAAUGGUACAACGGUGUCUUCUCCUUCUACCUCUCUUCAGAGGUCAGACAGCAGUCAGCCCAUGCUGCUCCGGGUGGUUGGCAGUCAGACUUCAGAAUCCAUGGGCGAGGAAGACCUGCUAAGUCCUCCCCAGGACACAAGCACAGGGUUAGAGGAAGUGAUGGAGCAGCUCAACAACUCCUUCCCGAGCUCCAGAGGACACAAUGUAGGAAGCCUUUUCCACUUGGCAGAUGAUGUGGGCAGAGCGAUGGAGUCCUUAGUGUCAGUCAUGACAGACGAAGAAGGGGCAGAAUAAAUGUUUUACAACUCCUGAUUCCCGCAUGGUUUUUAUAAUAUUCAUACAACAAAGAGGAUUAGACAGUAAGAGUUUACAAGAAAAAAAAUCUAUAUUUUUGUGAAGGGUAGUGGUACUAUACUGUAGAUUUCAGUAGUUUCUAAGUCUGUUAUUGUUUUGUUAACAAUGGCAGGUUUUACACGUCUAUGCAAUUGUACAAAAAAGUUAUAAGAAAACUACAUGUAAAAUCUUGAUAGCUAAAUAACUUGCCAUUUCUUUAUAUGGAACGCAUUUUGGGUUGUUUAAAAAUUUAUAACAGUUAUAAAGAAAGAUUGUAAACUAAAGUGUGCUUUAUAAAAAAAAAGUUGUUUAUAAAAACCCCUAAAAACAGACACACACACACACACACACACACACACACACACACACACACACACACUGAGGCAGCGCAUUGUUUUGCAUCAUUUUAGCGUGAUAUCCAUAUGAAAUCCAUGGGGUUUUUUGUUUUUCUUUUCUUGCUUAUUCAAGAUAGGACACUUCCUCUAACAGCCCCAGAUGCCUCUUUCACAAGGCUCUUUUUGGAAUCAUUGACCGAGUGGGACUAGCCAUGGUUUUUCGCUUUCUGCAUCUAUAUGUCUAGAAGUAUGUAAAUACUGUAGGUAUAUAGAUAACUAGAUCUGAAUUUCUAGAGCCUUUUUCGAUCUCUUGUUCACGUGACCUGGCCGCUUCCUCAUGCAGAGAGAAGGCCGCUGGUCCUCCAGGCUUGCCCGCUUGGUCUAGAAUGAAUUUUCCCUGGAGCCCAAAACCAGGGGGCAGCUACCACACUGCAGCGCUGUCUCGGGCUCCAGAUGUUUCUCAUUUGCCACUUUCCACGGACAGCUCCAGUACUGAGUUUUUUCAAAGGGACAUAGGAAUGCACACACAGGACUCAUUGUGUCAGUGUGAUCCGUUAGUGGAUACAUUCAGCUUCCCGCUGCUGGCAAUGCCCCGGUCUACAUUUAAUGAUGCUUCCGUGGAAGUCAUGACAUCAGAAGACAUUUUUAACUCCCAGACAGUAGGAGAGCUUUCUGGUAGGGCUGGAAGGCUCUGGAUUCCCAGCCUAUCCCUGUGAGGGUGGGGGGCCACUCUCGAAGUAAAGGACUGCGUGAAUGUUCAUAACCACACUUAGAGAUCUUUGUAAUUACAGCGAAUUCACUCUGCCCUCCUCUCACAAACAGCAGUGGGUAUUUGAGGGGUUUUUCCUUUCCUUUCCUUUUUUUUUUUUUUUUUUUAAAGAUUUUCCCCAUUGCAGUGAGUUUUUAAAUGCCACAAGACUUCAUUUAAAAUAACCCUCGGGAAAAUGUGUAAGACAGCCUCGUCAUGGUGUGUUGCUGUUAAAUAUCCAUCCAGGAGGCCAUGAACUUCCUUUCCCUACUUCACAUUUCUCUACAAGUAAUUCCACACAGGUUUGUAAGGGGGAACGGAGACGGAUUUGCAUGUUCCGAAAGGUACUCGAAACCCUUGCUUGUGGACGAGGAAGGUUAAAGAUACAAAGAUUGUUCAAAAAGAGAAUAACCCAAGAGGACUAACUGGUAGGAACAAGCUUUACUCUUUUCGUGUUCUUAGCCUUUCAUUUUUUUUUUUAAUCAUUCAUUCAGUAGAAAUCACCGUGUGACCUGUUAUUUUGCAAAUCUGUUACCUCUUAGGUCAAGUGUUGUUAACUUUUGGGGAGUGGGUUUUGUGUAUUAUUUUAUUAAUGAAAACUAACAUCCAACGUGGCUUCUCAUGCUAUUUCUACCUCACUUUGGUUUUGGGGUGUUCCUAAUAAUCGUGCACACCUGCUUUCACCCACUUGUCCCCUGUGUCAACAUUUUUCUCGAUUUUUCCCCCCACUGUAAUUUCCACAAGAAAACCCAAAGCUCUAAG